GCAAUAAUUCAAUCAAGGUUUUCCGAGUGGUCCGCUUCAGUAUCGAUCGAUCCGUGGGGCAGUCGUCCUCCAAGAUUAUAACGAGGCGCCCCUGGGCGAAUGGACAUGACGCCUUGAAAGUUACGGAGAGAAAUUGGCAGGCUCAUUAUGAACGCUCUAUUACUGGGUGUAAUUGUCUUGCUUGGACUUUCACAAGCAGUUGUAGUAAAGCACUAUACAAAGCCAUCAAUAAGAGAGACACCGAAGAGAAACGUUUGCCUGAAAACGGUGUGCCGAAAGAAAGCGGCUGAAAUUAGGAGGAGCUUGAACACUAAAGCUGACCCUUGCGAAGACUUCUACGAAUUCGUCUGCGGCGGAUGGAACAAAGCGCAUCCCCUUCCAAAGGACGCCGCUCGUUAUGGGGUAUUUCAAGAGCUCGACGAGCAGCUGAACAAAGAGCUUAGAGCAAUCCUCAGAAAGCCUAUACACUCAGGAACAAAACGACAGAGCGUCAACGAAAAAGCAAAAAUUGCAUAUCAAUCCUGCGCAUCAAACGGUAAUCCUGGACAAAGAGGCAUUUACUUUCUUGGAAGACUUCUGGCGAAAAAUGGAUUGGGAGCAUGGCCCUUGGUCAGUACGGCGACGUGUACAGAGUCACAUAGCGACCAGACGGAAUCUGACAAUGGCCGCACGACGCCUUUAACGGAGUUGACAACGAUGCAUACUACAGAACCUGCGACCAUGUUCGUAAAUUGGACUACAGAGCCGACACGAUCAACCAUCCACUAUACAUCCACAUGGACGACGCCGACAAAUACCGAAAUUUAUUCUACAGAACCUAGAGAGGAGUGGACAGGACAUAUGACCCCUCCUGCUCCACACGCGACGGAGUGCAAUGAUACAACAACCCGUCCAGGAAGCACGUCAAACGAAAUAAAAGUCCUCCUCCCAGACUACAAGUACGUGCUGCUGACAACGGGAAUGUCUUCACUCUUCGAAUGUUCUAUUGCAAGAGAUCCUGAAAAGCUCUCGUCACAUAUAAUAAGGCUGGACCAAGUCACAUUUCCAUUACUUGGACGAAACGAGCUCAUGCACCCAGGAACGAAAAGAAACCGUGCAUUGGUCAGUGCUUAUAAAACGCUAAUGGCAACAGCACUGCGCAUCAUGAAACCGCGGCUCCACGAGAAGAUGAUAAAGGUCAUAAUUGAAAACAUUUUUGCUUUUGAAAGGGAACUCGCUAAGCGGAGUGCUCCCGAAGAAGAUAGACGAAAUGAAUGGAAAAUGCAUAACAGAACCACGAUAAAAGUACUCGAGGCGGCGUUUCCAGGGCUUCCUUUGUUGGACCUUCUGAACAAAGAAUUCCGUCCAGUUAACAUAACGCUGACGGAAAAUGAAGUCGUCAGCAUUUUUGCCAGCCCUUACUUCGCCUCGACAACAAAGUUGCUACGCACCACUGACCCGUGCACACUAUACAACUACGUCGGCUGGCGCGCAAUGCAAAAGUGGGCCUAUCAUGCAUCGAAGAAAUUUCGAGACGCCAUGCAAGCCUUCAUAAAGGCUGCGUACGGACAUGAGGAGCACAUACCCCUAUGGAAAACGUGCAUCAAGUUUGUGAAAACGCGCAUGUCGGAAGUUGUCGGCCAGCUUUACGUGAGAAAAAAAUUUACCCCGCACGCCAAGAGGAACGUGCAAGCAAUAGUUCAGAGUAUGAGAAGGACCCUACAAAGAAGGCUUAAGCGAGUUACCUGGAUGGAUGGAUGCACUCGGAGGAGGGCUCUCAACAAGCUGAAAGAAAUGAGGGCAAAGAUCGGUUACCCUCCAUGGAUGCUCAAAAUGAAACACCUCGAGAGGCUCUACAAAAACCUCGGACAACUUAGUCGAGACGAUCCGUUUCUGAAAAUCUACCAUGAACUAGAACAGCACGACAGGAGACGUGCUCUGCAAGAUCUGCGCCGUCCUUUUAACAGAGCACACAAGUGGGCGAAUGGCCCUGCUGCUGUAAACGCUUAUUACGAUCCAGAAGCGAACGGCAUCGUUAUUCCUGCAGGAAUUCUCCGAGGAGUAUUCUACAAGGAUGGCCUACCAGCAUCUAUAAAUCUUGGCGCCAUUGGCUUCGUGGUCGGUCACGAGCUGAUACAUGGGUUCGACGAUUACGGUAGUCAGUAUGACGCGAUGGGAAGCCUACGGCGAUGGUGGAGCAACAGCACACGGCAGCGCUUUUUGAAGCAAGCACAAUGCUUUGUUGACCAGUACAACGACAUCGUUGACAAGACCACAAAUCUAUCGCUCAACGGAAGGAAUACGAUUGGAGAAAACAUUGCUGACAACGCAGCCAUCCGACUGGCUUUUCAGACGUACGAGGCUAUGCUCAGGCGUUCCAAGGUGAGAGACGAGCGACUUCCAGGCUUAAAGAAGUAUUCAGGGAGGCAACUGUUUUUCAUCUCUAACGCCCUGAUGUGGUGCGCGAAUUCAAGAAAGAAGUUUCUGGUACAACAAAUACAGUACAAUCCUCACUGCCCCAGCAAAUACAGGGUGAACGUACCCUUGAGCAACUUCCCAGCCUUCUCAAGAGCCUUCAAAUGCGGAAAUAAUUCCGCGAUGCAUCGAAGAAAGAAGUGUGUCCUCUGGACAACUGCGCUUGUUCUGCUGACUGACCAGUACUUCAGCGAAUGCAUUGAACAUUCUGAUCUUAUCAGUCACCUUCAACUUUCCCAUUUCGGUCUUUCAGCUGUUCCACAUCUCGAAGACCGACAUGACGUCAUUUUUGCCAUAAUGAAUGCUUCAGGGUUCGCUCAAUGGCCUCUAACUUAUCAUCCCAGAGAUCAGGAGGCCAGCGCUGGAAACGUCCUCGUACAGACUGGACUUGGUACUGUCUUCUCAGUUGGCGUCUCAAGGAGUUUCUGGAAUCUUAGUUCUUACUCCGUUCAGCUGGAUCAGCCAGACUUUUCCAUAACCGGCAGAAACGAGAUCAUCAACCAAACCACGCACUUCAGCAUGCGAAUCAUUGCGGCGUACAAGGAUGUCAUUAAAGUGGCGAUGAAGUUCAUGAAGCCCAAUCUUACUGACGAAGAACUAAAAGUACUUUCCGACAAACUUGUGGCUUUUGAGGGAAAAUUGGCCAACCUGACGGCCCCUCCUGAAGAAAGGCGAGAUUUGUUGAAAAUUUAUCACAGAACCACCUUCGACCAACUGGAGAAAAAUUUUUCUAACAUUCCUAUUCUCGCUUCGUUGCAGAAGCAAUUUGACAUUGUAGACAUCACGUUAGCUGCCAACGAGUCUGUAGAACUAUUCGCUCUGAAAUAUUACGAAAAACUGAAUGAAUUUCUGCGAACUUCUGACGUUGACACCUUGUUCAACUACGCCGGUUUGCGUCGCAUGCUGAGAUGGGCUGCAACCGUAUCGCGAGAAUUUCGAAACGCUUCCUUCGAGUUUCGAAAAGUGAAAGAAGGUGUGCAAGUUGAGAGGCCGAGGUGGCAAGAGUGCGUCGAUGAGGUUAACGACGGUAUGCCCGACAUUGUGGGAAAACUAUAUGUGCAGCACAAGUUCAGCUCAGAGGCCAAAGAAGAGGUUCAAGACCUCGCCAGAAGGCUCAUGGCUGUAUUUAAUGAAUCUCUGCAAAGGUUUGAAUGGAUGGACGAGACCACAAGAGCGGCGGCAGAGACAAAGUUGGCAAAAAUGGCGAUCAAAAUUGGAUAUCCUGACUGGCUAUUAAAUACGACAUAUAUUGAGGAACUUUACAAAUUUGUGCCGAAACUGUGUCGCAAUGGCUCUUACGGGGCAAUGACGUACGCCAUAUCGCUAAACCACCGGAAACAGGCAAUGCUAAAAUUACGACGGCCAUACAACAGGGAAGCUGAGUGGCCAGUCGGCCCAGCCGUUGUCAAUGCUUUCUACAGCCCGAACGCCAAUGAAAUGAUAUACCCAUCAGGAAUCCUUCAAGGAGUAUUUUAUGAGCAUGGACUUCCACGUUCCAUCAACUUCGGAGGUAUUGGCACGGUGGUAGGACACGAAAUGACACAUGGCUUCGACGACACAGGUGGGUCCUACGACAAACCACAAACACUCACUGGCAUUCUCACGGCAAUAGGCAGUGAGGCGUUCGAAUCUGUUGUGCAUGAAACAUACUCAAACACGAGAUCUAACAGAGUUACUGCCUGUGCGAAAAAAGAAAUAUUAGAAGCAUCGCCGACUCUCGCAGUGAAAACUAAGUGGAAAAAUUGUAGUGUUGGCAGCGAGUUCGACGCAGAUGGUGCUCUGAAACAGUGGUGGACCAACCGUACCCGCACUGAGUUCAUGGAGAGGACGAAAUGCUUUGAGUAUGAAUACGGAAAUAUCACUGACAUAGAAGCGAACAUGACGCUUAAUGGGAAAAACACCGUGGGCGAGAACAUUGCAGACAAUGGCGGACUGCGUUUGGCUUUCGAGGCUUAUAGAAGGCUCCUGGAAGUAGAAUACAAGAACAUAGACACUCGACUAGAGGGCUUGGAAGACUUCUCUGGGGAGAAGCUGUUCUUCAUUGCAAACGCAAUGGUAAUGUGCAGCUUGAGCCGUCCUGAGUAUCUAAAAGAGCAAAUUCAGUACGACCCACACAGCCCAAGUCAAUACAGCGUCAACGUACCAGUUUCAAACUUGGCAGACUUCUCCAAUACGUUCAACUGCCCAACGAAUUCGACUAUGAACCGGAAACACCGCUGCACUUUCUGGUGAGACGUAGUCACAGAGGACGAGAAAACAAGACUGCGGUGUGCAACUUUUGCAAUCUUUCAUACUUAUUCGGAAAGCGCAUCAACCGACGUAUUGUUACAAUAAAGUACAAUGGGAACCUUCUGAGAAACUGUGUAACUUCCAUGC